GCCUUGCCUUUGGUCUCGGCGAUUCGGGCCAAGCACCCCAAUUGGUUAUUGCUGUCCGCUACCUGGCUUCAAGCCAUGGGCUGCGUCCGUUUGACGAUUGUGCAGCGGAGCCGACUGGUGUCCAUGGGCGACUUUGGUGAUGCGUUUGUCCGUGCCAUGUCUGCCCUGCCUCGCAAAACCCAUCCCCAGUCCAUUGCCUUCGAUCUUGCCACAGGCACAGAG